CUGAUGAGCAAUGAUAAAAUAAAGAGAAAAGUUUUCCUUACAUAGCGCGUUUAUUAUGACAUCUUUCGGGGUUCAUUGUAUUUAAGAUCUGUUUUGGAUAUCCAGCAUGCAGCCUAGGUGUUGUCUAGAUUCAUUAUCCUUUUUGUUUUUCCUUUUUCCAUUCCUUAUCACUUCAUUCUUUUAUCCCACCGGUACCAGUAGAUUAUUCCCUACAUACGUAUCCAGCGUCAUCGAGAGGAUGAACCAGGAAAUGACCAAAUAUGAGCUAUAUGAUAUACAACUACGACGAAGAGUAUAUGCAAAGUUCGUAGUGGACAAAGACAGACGAAUAGCUUAACAUGCAAUGAUAAAGCAAACACGAAUAGAUAUCUCGGGAUAAAAAGAAAACCGCCCGCC